AAUGAAGUCUUGUCGAGUAACUUGAGUUGUUCGUCGUUGGAAAUUCGAGCUGUAAAUGCAGAGAUAAGCUCAGCCUUGGAUGUAAAGUUGAACAGUGUGUUAAGCACGAAAGAAGCAUGA